UUGCAGCCGUGUGGGGGCGGACCACAACAGGCGCGCACUGCACGACGUGACACAGCGCACAGCGCGACGACAAAUAACCUCGAUCUGCAUACUGACUUGUUUAGAAGAAGCGCUUCUCUAUUCUGCCGUCGCUUUGAUUUGAAGAAACCUGCAGAAGUGAGAUCUAACGACCAAACAACGCCAUGGCUGCCCUGUCGGGAGGAGAGAUUUGUAUAAAAUAUCUGAUGUUUGUCUUCAACCUUGUGUUCUGGCUUGCAGGAACAGCUGUAUUUGCGAUAGGUCUGUGGCUGAGAUUAGACCCGACAACCAAAGGCCUGUUUGAAGGAUCAGAUUCUCCAUUUCUGCUUUAUACAGGUGUAUACAUGCUGAUUGGAGCUGGAGCGCUCAUGAUGGUGGUGGGCUUUUUGGGAUGUUGUGGUGCAAUCCAGGAGUCACCCUGUAUGCUUGGACUGUUUUUCUUCUUCCUGCUGAUCAUAUUUGCCAUUGAGGUAGCAGCUGGAAUCUGGGUAUUCUCAAACCAAAGCAAGAUUGUGGAUGACUUUACAAAGAUAUACAUGCAGACUUACAACGACUUUAAGACAACAGGAGAUGAACGCCUCAAACAAAUGCUCCAGUUGAUUCAAGAAAAGUUGAACUGUUGUGGUCCAGACGGCAGUGCAGUGGAAACUGCCAAAGACACUUGUCCCCGUGGAGAACCCCUUGAGCAGCUUAUCAUUAAGAGCUGUCCUGAUGCCAUCGAUGAGGUGUUUAACUCCAAGUUACAUAUCAUGGGAGGACUAGGCAUCACCGUUGGCGUAGUUAUGGUGUUUGGGAUGAUCUUUACCAUGCUCCUGUGCUGUGCCAUUAGGAAGUCUCGGGAGGUGGUGUGACACCUGCCUCAAGUCCUUGUUAAUGUUGCAUGAUGUCAUUGCCAGAGUUACAGGACUCCACUGCCAAUAGAAACACUGCUUGUUUAAAAGGGGUAACCUAAGCUACACAGAUAUUUCUGAAUAUACAUCACUAUAAUACAUCAGUUCUGUGUUGCUGACAUUGAUGCGAUGUGGUUAUUGGGCCCAAUUAUAGAAUGGGUGUAAUCUGUGCUUCAGUGGCAGUGUAGUACGGAUAUGCGUAAUAUUGUGGUAAUUUGACUGAAACCUGUGUCUGUGAGCUGCUAAUUAUCUAAACAAAAGAGCAUACUGUUGUAUACUGAUCACAUUCUAACUGCAGUCACUCCUCCACAAGCAGAAGCACACAGUCAGGGUCCAGAG